GGCGCGGCCGAGGCCACGCUGGCGCCGCCCCGCGCGCUUAAAGUCCGGGUGCCCGGGGCGGUACGUCAGCGUCGCCGAGGAGGACCCCUGCGCUGCCGCCCGCCGCCAUGGCCCUGCUCCGAGGUGUGUUCAUCGUUGCUGCUAAGCGGACACCCUUUGGGGCUUAUGGAGGUCUUCUGAAAGACUUCACAGCUACUGACUUGGCUGAAUCUGCUGCCAGGGCUGCCUUGUCUGCUGGCAAAGUCUCGCCUGAAACUAUCGACAGUGUUGUUGUAGGCAACGUCAUACAGACUUCUUCAGAUGCUAUAUACUUGGCAAGACAUGUUGGUUUGCGUGUGGGAAUCCCAAAAGAGACCCCAGCUGUCACUGUUAAUAGGCUCUGUGGCUCCGGUUUCCAGUCCAUUGUGAAUGGAUGUCAGGAAAUUUGUGUUAAAGACUCUGAAAUUGUCUUGUGUGGAGGAACUGAAAGCAUGAGCCAGGCUCCCUUCUAUGUCAGAAAUAUUCGUUUUGGAACUACGUUUGGAUCAGAUCUCAAGCUGGAAGACUCUUUGUGGACAGGAUUAACAGAUCAGCAUAUCCAAAUCCCAAUGGCAAUUACUGCAGAGAAUCUUGCUGCAAAACAUAAAAUAAGCAGAGAAGACAGCGACAAAUAUGCCCUGCAGUCACAGCAGAGGUGGAAAGCUGCUAAUGAUGCUGGUUGCUUUAAUAAUGAGAUGGCACCAAUUGAGGUGAAGACAAAGAAAGGAAAACAGACAGUGCAGGUAGAUGAACAUGCUCGGCCCCAAACAACCCUGGAGCAGUUAAGUAAACUUCCUCCAGUGUUCAAGAAAGAAGGGACCGUCACUGCAGGGAACGCAUCGGGGAUUUCUGAUGGUGCUGGAGCUGUUAUCAUAGCUAGUGAAGAUGCUGUUAAAAAACAUAACUUCACACCACUGGCAAGAAUUGUGGGCUAUUUUGUGUCUGGAUGUGAUCCCGCUAUCAUGGGUAUUGGUCCUGUCCCUGCUAUCAAUGGGGCACUGAAGAAAACAGGACUAAGUCUUAAGGAUAUGGAUUUGGUAGAAGUGAAUGAAGCUUUUGCUCCCCAGUACUUGGCAGUUGAAAAGAGUUUGGAUCUUGACCGAAGUAAAACCAACGUGAAUGGAGGGGCCAUUGCUUUGGGUCACCCAUUAGGGGGAUCUGGAUCAAGGAUUACUGCACACCUGGUUCAUGAAUUAAGGCGUCGGGGUGGAAAAUACGCUGUAGGAUCGGCCUGCAUUGGAGGGGGCCAAGGAAUUGCGGUCAUCAUUGAGAACACAGCUUGAGGAGAGCAGGGAGCCUGCCCUCGUCCACGCUCACAUGACUUGUCCAGGCCACAGUACGCCAGGUGACCUUCAGAGAAGCUGUGAAGGUCAUGCCAUGCCCUGCACUGAGAGUGAUUGAGUUUGGUCAAGGAAUGGUGAGGCAAAGAUGCAUUUAUCAUGAACAAGAGCCCAUGCCAGAAUAAAUUCUCUCAAAUUUGUACCAAAUAUGCUGCAUUUCUGAACUAAAAUCCAACUAUAGAAGGCCUUAAACGGAAUUGUAUCCUUGCCAAAUAACCACCGCUUAUGUCUUAGAUAAUAUGAUUGCAGGGAAAUUGAAUAAAUUCUGCCUUAACUUCAGCUAA